AUGUGCUUCGCAAAGAAGGCUCCCAAGACUCUGCCUUCCUACGAUGUUGACAGGGACUUUCAAUAUUUCUUCUUCAACGACAUUAUGGCCGAAUGGUCUGGAUUGACCCCGGCUUUCCUGACAAGCGGGCGCAAUGCAAAAACGGACUUCCCAGUGGACUUCCCGGCAUACUUUGAGGAUGACGCUGCUGUAUGCAUGGACUACGACUUUCCUCUGGUGAAGAAGAUCAUUGAGCACUGGCAGCCUCCACAUAUGAACACCGUUCUGCAUACCCGAAAGACCGCCAUGCAUGAUGCCUCGGGCGAGAAGUUUAUGUUGGGUUGUGUGGCCCAUGUGGACGACCUGGAACUUGGCAUCACCACGUUCAGCGCCAGGAGCAGCCCCGCCAAGGAGCAGCCAGCUCUUACACAUGUGAAUGCCGAGUGGUUCGAGGCAGCUUGGUCUCAUCUUCCCCAAGGAGCAUGCCUGGUCGAUGUUCAAAGUGGGGAGCUGUCGCAUGUCAAUGCAAUGUGCGAGCUCAGUCUGCCUGGGCAAAGUACCUUCCAGUCGGCGGCUGCAGCUUGCAUCGACCGGGCGCGCCACACGCAAGAUGCUUCUUGCUGGUCCUUUGGGGCUGUGGAGGGUCUUCUCAAGGACGCGAAAGCGCGAGUCUGGUUGUGGAGGAUUGGAGAUCAUCCAGGGCAACUGGCCAUGAGUUAUCGGCCCACCGCUACGAUGAAGGACUUGAGGGAGUGGUAUUCAGACAGAAAGGGUCCACACAGAAAUUGUGAAGACCUGUUCGAUUUGAUGCAAGGCGAGUGA